AUCGUGCCCGUAGAACCCGCUGCAGGAGACGGCGACGUCGUGGUGGUGGAGGUGCUGCAGGAGGGCUCACACCCGCUCGACGUGCGGCUCGUGGGCUGCGAAGGCGAGAGUCCCUAUGUCGCCAAAAUCUCUCAUCGCAAUAUCUCAAAAUUGAAGCACAAGUUCAAGGGUACAGCCGACGAGUGGGAACAAGUCCUGUCUCAUUUCCUGUUACAAAAACAGCCUGCAGGUGACAACGCCAAAUUGCUCGAAAACGUGCGGAUGGUGUAUGCGCUCAAGGGCGACAACAUCGAGAUUACCAUCCAACAGGACGUCACGGGCAUCAAGGCAAGUCAGACGAGCAUCCUGCUUCCUAGAGAUGACGAAUUUGAGUUCAACCCGUUCGAGUGGGCGCAAGCCUCAGCAUUGGCACACAAGCAGACUCUCAAAGAGCUCGCAGACUCGAAGACACAGGCACAUGGCGAACAGGUUAUGAUCGCAAAGCUCAACGCGCAGCUUGACGACUUCAUCAAGACCAAAAAUGAAACGGAGACCGCCAUGCUGCAACAGUUCAUGGAGCUGCUGAACGAGAAGAAGCGGAAGAUCCGCGACCAGAACCGGCUGCUUGCUACCGCAAAGGUCGACAAAGACACUGCAACAACAGUACAAGCCACUCGGGAAGAGACGAAGCCACGCAAACCAGCGGCAUCCCGCACAUCCAAGCGGAAAGCAAAAGCCCCGGAGCCUGAGCCGGAACCAGAGCCCGAGCAGCUCUCAGAUGAGGACCAGAUGGAGGUUGACCAGGCGAAAGCCGAAGAGCAAGACGACGACUCUGAUGAAGGUGGAGCAGCUACUCCAGACCGCGCAUCGGAGACCGAGACUGAGGACGAAGGCGAGGGUGGAUUCAGCAGCAAAGCUCCAGCCCCCUCGACACGCGCAACACGAGCAAAGCCCGCUCAAGCGCCUCGCUCCUCGUCGGUGACAGUGGGCAGCUCUCAGAUGAGUACGCCUGCGCCGAAUGAAGAUGUUGGACCGCCACCGCCGCGGCGCGAGCUGCCAUUUGGAAGACCUGCCACGAGAAGCAAACCCCCGGCUAAGCAGCCCGCACCAGCCGCUGCCGAUGAAGACGAU